AUGUUCUUGCCAGGCAGGUUUGGAGCGACUCUCACUGCGGUGAGCGGACAUACUCACAGUGUUUUGGGACUGAUAAGUCCUUGCUCCGUCGAAAUACAGCAAAUUCGAGGUGGGGGGAGGAAUAUUUUAAUGAACAGAACUUCAGGGCGUAAACGCAACUUGAAGGCUGGGAUAUCAAAAGCUGAAAGGGCGGCUAGAAGAGCAGCUAGAGAAGCCAAAGAAGCAGCGCGAAAACAGUACAAUUUUAUGGAGAGGCACCAGAUUCGGCGCAUGAAAUCGUUACUUUCUCCAUCACAACAACAUCCUGGACGCUAUUCUAGCGAAGAGGAGGCAAAUUUACCCGAAAGAUUGGCUACAAACGUAUAUAUUAGAGGGACAGUAAAAACACGAUUUCAUUCUAUAUCAGAGGCUUUAGAAUUCCAUCGGAGGCUGCAAAGUCCCUCUAUAUACAAUAAUCCAAACUCUUUUGUUCGUUUACGAUUGGAAUUGAACAUGACAACUGAAAAAGCGACUAAAACAGUGCCUAACUCUGAAGAAAUAGUUCCUGUUCCAUAUCCUUUCGUCCACAAUGAAAAACGUGCAAUUUUGGCGUUUGCUCAUGAUGAAAAGCUGCAAGAACUGGCGGUAGAAAAAGGUGCAGAAAUUGCUGUUGGGCCAGAAGUGGUGAAAAAGAUUGUGAAAGGUCAGUUCCGCAUUGACGAUUACGACUUUUGUGUCGCUCAUACUGAUAUGGCUCAGUAUAUUACACCUUUACGUGGUGUUCUGAGGUCCAGAUGCCCUAGUAAAUUAAACGGAGCACUUGGUGACGACUUAGAAGUAGUAAUUGGAAAGUUUAAAAAUGGAAUAAGAGUAAAGAUUGCAGGAGACCCUGUUUACCCAAUCUGGGGUUUAAGCAACAUCAUUGUUGGGAAGUUACCUAUGGAAAACGAACAGAUCGAGGCGAAUAUAGCAUGUGUAGUAAAGGCUGUUUGCAAACAUCGAAACCCUGCUUUAGGUCCUUUUAUUAAUCGAGCAGUUCUCAUGUGUGGUUCUGCAAGUGCAUACUUCCCCGUCAAUCUCCAAAAGUUUGUUCCAGUAGCUUCUGAAGAAGAAAAAGAAAAGGUUACAGCCAAAUUAAAGUUCCUUAAAGAGAGACCAUGCAAGUUAUCGGAAGACGCAGUUGCCAAUCCGGAUGCAACGCAAGUGGUAGCAUCAUAA